AUGGAAAAAUUGCUCUGCGGCAUCCUGGUGUUUGGAAUGGCUGUCACAGUCAAUGCUUGUCCCAAAUACUGUGUCUGUCAGAACCUGUCUGAGUCACUGGGGACUUUGUGUCCCUCCAAGGGUCUCCUUUUUGUACCGCUGGACAUAGAUCGAAGGACUGUUGAACUCCGUCUUGGGGGCAACUUCAUUAUCAAUAUCAGCCGACAAGAUUUUGCCAAUAUGUCUGGACUUGUUGACCUUACUUUGUCCAGAAACACCAUUAGUUACAUCCAGCCCUACUCUUUCACUGACUUGGAGAGCCUUCGGUCUUUACAUCUGGACAGCAACAGGUUGCCUGAGAUUGAAGAGGAUACUUUGAGAGGUUUAAUUAACCUUCAGCAUUUGAUUUUAAACAACAACCAGCUAAGCAGCAUUUCUGAUGAUGCCUUUGAGGAUUUUUUACUGACAUUGGAAGACUUAGACCUGUCCUACAAUAACCUCCGAAGCAUUCCCUGGGAAUCUAUAAGAAAGAUGAUAAACUUGCACCAGCUUAGUUUGGAUCACAACCUAAUAGAUUACAUAACAGAGGGGACAUUUGCAGAUCUUCAGAAAUUGGCCAGAUUGGAUCUAACAUCCAACAGACUUCAGAAGCUCCCCCCUGACCCUAUAUUUGCUAGAUCACAAGUAAUCCCGUUGGUUGUUACCCCGUUUUCACCACCUCUGUCCCUUAGCUUUGGGGGAAAUCCACUUCAUUGCAACUGCGAGCUACUGUGGUUAAGGCGGCUUGACAGAGACGACGAUAUGGAAACCUGCGCUUCUCCUCCAAGUCUAAAGGGAAGGUACUUCUGGUACGUACGGGAAGAGGAAUUCGUUUGUGAGCCUCCUCUUAUUACACAGCAUACUCACAAGCUGCUGGUCUUGGAGGGGCAAACUGCCACGCUGAAGUGCAAAGCCAUUGGGGAUCCCACUCCCAUCAUUCACUGGGUGGCCCCCGAUGACCGUCUCAUCGGAAACUCCUCGAGGACGGCUGUCUAUGACAAUGGCACCUUAGAUAUACACAUCACCACCUCCAAGGACUACGGAACUUUCACAUGCAUAGCAGCCAACGCUGCAGGAGAGUCCACUGCAACAAUUGAGCUCUCAAUUGUCCAGCUCCCCCAUCUCAGCAAUGGCACAGGCAAAGCAGCUCCACCAAAAUCCAGGCUCUCGGACAUCACCAGCUCCACCAAGUCCAAUCGUGGUGAAACAAAAGGUCCCCCAGAAAGGGCUGUCCUGGUGUCAGAUGUGACCACUACCUCAGCUUUGGUCAAGUGGACAGUCAGCAAGUCGGCCCCUCGGGUAAAAAUGUAUCAGCUGCAGUAUAACUGCUCGGAUGAUGAAGUCCUGAUCUACAGGAUGAUACCAGCUACAAACAAGGCCUUUGUUGUAACCAACCUUGUUUCUGGAACAGGCUAUGACCUCUGUGUCCUGGCAAUGUGGGAUGACACGGCCACAACUCUUACUGCCACCAAUAUUGUGGGAUGCGCCCAGUUCUUCACCAAAGAAGACUACCCUCAGUGCCAGUCGAUGCACAGUCAGUUCCUGGGUGGGACCAUGAUUCUGAUCAUUGGAGGCAUCAUUGUGGCGACCCUGUUGGUGUUCAUCGUAAUUCUCAUGGUCCGCUAUAAGGUCUGCAACAAUUCCCAGGGCAAGAUGUCUAACGUCAGCAACGUCUACUCACAGACGAAUGGAGCACAACCAGUUCAGAACGGAGUCUUGCCCCAAGUCAAUCCCAAAGUGGUGGUGAGAAAUGAACUCAUGGAGUUUAACUGCCAGUCUGCGCGGAGCAGCAUCUCCUCUUCCUCCAGCUCCGCAAAUAGCCGUGACUGUGACAACUACAGCCUCCAAAGUGAACAGGGCACAUUGUCCAGUAAAUGGAGGCCUCCUUCCCGGUCAAAACACAAUAUUGACCGGCUAAUGGGAGCUUUUGCCUCCCUGGAACUGAAAUGUCAGAAAAAGGAGGAAAUGACAGACUCCAGAACUUCCACGGUGGCCCGCCACUCGGACAAAGAGCCACUGCUGGGCCAGUCAGAGUCCAAACUCCGCAGCUUCCUCAUGUUGCCUCUGGAGGGCAAAACUAAACGUAGCCAUUCUUUUGACAUGGGGGACUUUGCCACAUCUCAGUGUUGCACCUACCCAAAAAAGAUAACAAACAUUUGGACAAAGAGGAGCCUCUCGGUCAACGGCAUGCUUUUGCAGUAUGAUGACAAUGACCUAACGGGGGCCAAAGGGACUUUCGGGAGCUCAGAGUGGGUGAUGGAAAGCACGGUGUAA